UCUUAAUCUAACUAUUUUUUAAUUAAGUAAUUACGAAAUAUGAGAAAAAAGUUAGAACUCGAAGAAAGGCCAAUAUGCAAUGCAGUGACCGUGUAUCGCGAGAGAGGAAAUUACUUGCAGCGCUUGGAGCAAUUCGAGAAAGCAAUUCUCGCUUACAACGAAGCUCUACGGUGGAAUAACUCAGAUAUUGGUUCUCUGCUUGGAAGAAGUUUGGCUCGCGCCAAGGCGACGCAUUAUGCCGGUGCUUUAGAAGAUGCUGCACGCGCUGCUCAACUCGAGCCGGAAAAUCUGACAGCUCUGCAAAUAAAAGCAAAAACGGAAUAUGAAAAAUGCGAAUUCGAGAGGGCCUUAGUGCUCGCCUAUCGAGGCCAGAGGUUGAGAUUAUUGCCACCGAACUUCGCAGAUUGUGUCCGAUGCGCUGAGGAAACGGUUCGAGAAUGUGUUGGCGAAACAGCUGAGAAAACAUUGUCUUCUAGAAUCAAACAAUUGCAAAUAAUAAAUAUGUUUGACGAUACUAUGGCCAAUGUCACAAAUAUCCCAAAACGCAAAUCUAGAAUGCUGCCACAAACAACCCGACAAAUUCAAGAAAUAUCUCGUGUGGAAAAACAGAAGGCUGAACAUAUAUCCCGAGUAAUGGCUUCGAAGUAUUUGGAGCAAAUGGCUCAUGACAAAUAUUUUCUCACAACACUUUGUAAAGAUGAAAGACUUUACUCUGCAAAUAAACUGGGAUCGCAGAAACUACAACUAUUAGCUAAUAAAGCGUUAGCAGAUGUUGAAAAGAGACAAGCUGUCCUUCGGGAACGUAGACCUUUAUAUGCUGCACGAGCCAUAGAAGCAGCAGCUAGGGCCAGACUUUCCAGAGCUCGAAAACAAAGAAUAGGACACGCCCAGCAGCAGCACGCAACAGACGCUCGUCGUCUAGUUAGUGCUGCUCGGGAUAUUUAUGAAAAACAUGACACUACGAAAUGUCUCGAAGCAGCUGAGUUUGGAAUGGAACAAAUUUCAAGAAUCCCAUCAAAUAUGCUACCAGACAAAGAUGUUUUUUUGCAGCAACUACAUGAAAUCGUUGCAGAGGCUUUUUUAGACCAGAAGCGUGUUAGAGAUGAAAUGAGCGAAGCAGAUCGUGAGAAAAGAGCCUUUAUACUAUUGGGAAUACCAAUAUCGCGUGAACCGAGCCGUGAUUCAAUUUUGCGUACGCGACCUCCGGCGCCCCCUCGUGACGCCAAACGUCGUCUUCGUCGAUUGGAGCGAGCCCUAACUGUGAGCGUCCGUGCCUCGGAACGUUGUUACGCGCUACAUGAACUUGGACGCCUUCUUGUUGACACGAAACAAGCCCACAGAGCAAGGUUCUACGCUUUGAAAUGUCAAUCUGAAGCGAGAUCCGCUGGUCAACGAGUGUGGUUACUAAACGCAACUUUCCUUUUGGCUCGAUGUCACAUACUACAGAACAACCGUCCUGAAACCAGAGCGGCACUCAUUGAAGGAGCUGGAUUUGCUCGCUCUUUUGGUUACAAAGAUGUGGCAGCUUUCUUUGAUACGUGCGUUGACGUAUCAUUAGAAGGGGAGAUCGGUUCUUCGGACUCGAUAUUGGAAAAACGAGAGAAGGCAAUGGUCAGUCUGAUGCAAGAUGACGAUAUGCGCAUGGCAGCUGAACAUUUGUUUCGACGAAUGUCCGUCAUACCCGCUUCCAGGCGUUUCUCCGUGAUGCCGGGCGCUAGAGCGGAGAGCGCGCCGUCCGCCGCCGGCCGCCGCGUAUCGAUCAUGCCGAGAACUCAGCAGCCUGUGCGAAUUGCACACAAAGCUAGGCACCCCCUGGGAUUUCAGGAUUUUGACAAUUGACUCCAUAACACAAGCAAUAUACUAGUCAUUUUAUAAAAAAAAUUUUAACACAUUUCAUAAAUAAUAAAUAUUAUUUCGACAUAUUUUUAUAAAUGAUAUUAUAAUUGUUUAGCGAAAAAAUAUA